AUGCUUAACUCAGGACGCUGGAAGCAAGAUGGAAAAUAUGCAGAUCUUUCUCCGGAAAUAGCCGAAUUCAACAAUUUCUCUCAUUCAUUUCUAUCUAUCUAUUUAUCUUUCAUUCUUACUCUCAUUCAUUUCUAUCUUUCUUUCUUUCUCUCAUUCAUUUCUAUCUAUCUAUCUUUCUGUGGAUCCUACCACAACACUUUCUUUUUCUCAUUCAUUUCUAUCUAUCUUUCUCUCCUUCUCUCACUCAUUUCUAUAUAUCUCUCUUUCUCUCACUCAUUUCUAUAUAUCUCUCUUUCUCUCACUCAUUUCUAUAUCUCUCUCUUUAUCUCACUCAUUUCUAUCUAUCUCUCUUUCUCUCACUCAUUUCUAUCUAUCUCUCUUUCUCUCACUCAUUUCUAUCUAUCUAUCUCUCUUUCUCUCACUCAUUUCUAUCUAUCUAUCUCUCUUUCUCUCACUCAUUUCUAUAUAUCUAUCUAUCUCUUCUUUCUUUCUUUCUUUCUUUCUUUCUUUCUUUCUCCUCCCUUCCUUCUAUCGAUUACAUUUUGUUCAUAUCUAUCUAUCUAUCUAUCUAUCUAUCUAUCUAUCUAUCUCUCUUUUUAUCUAUGUUUUUAA